ACAGAAUUUAUGAAAUCGAAGCAAUGUGCUUUAAAAGGAAAAUGUUCAAACAAAUGCAGAAAAUUCAAGUUGUACAAAACUCCUUUAUCGUGGCAAGAGGCACAUGCGGCUUGUCGUGCUGAGCAAGCGUUUUUAGCCAUGCCUUUAAAUUUGAACGAUCACGAAACGCUAAUAACCAUGAUGAGGAAAGGGAACAUUCUACAAACUUGGAUUGGAGUUCGAAAGAGAGAAGGUAUCUUCUACUACGACAAUGGUUCGCUUCUUGGGAACUUCACAAUGUGGGGUCCCGAUCAACCCAAUGACAGCGGUGGCACACAGCAGUGUGUUCAAAUGAUGUCUGAGAUGGAAUAUAUGUGGAACGAUUUCGACUGCGCCAGGCCUGUCGGCUACAUCUGCCAAUACGUGUGGUAGAACAAAGAAGAAACAGUUCUGUUUCUUCCGACAUCCUUUAAAUCAGUACUUGAUAGUUAGAUCACGAAUGUAGAAUUUUAGUGAAGAAUUAAAAGCAUGAAAGACGUCACAUAUUUUUUUUAAAAUUGAAAGAAGCAGAAGAAUUAUUUUAACAUGUGAACUCUUGAUUUUUCUUUCUAGAGUUAAGUUUAAUUAAAAUUUUAAAAAUACUCCAUUUUUCAUUUUUUUAUUUGUUCAGCAUUUUUGCUGUUGUAGAUUGUCCUAUUUUUAUGAUCAUUUCUUUUGUUCAUGUCUUUAUUUUUUUGUUGCAAUAAACUUAUUUACCAAUAGCGAUUAUUCAUAAUAAGCUUAAUUUUUAUUGCAAAAGAAGAUGGGGUUUUAAAAUUUAUGAUUUCAAUUCGUUCAAGUUUAUUUAUUUUCGAAUGUUACCAAAAGUGUUAAACUAAAUUCAGACUUUCACAUAAUAUGAUUUUGAUAUAUUAAGAUAGUAACCGCAAUUUAGCUAGAGGCGCACGAAAUAUUUGUACACGUAUAAACACAUUGUGAUGCUACCAGUAAAACACAACAGAUUUCUUUAUUUAUUAGCAAUUAAAAUCUUUAAUACUUAAAUUUAAAAUUAAAUAGCAGACUAAUAAAUAUUCAUUAAUAUGUUACGAGAACAGAUAGGAUUCUAUUUUUGUGAACAUUUUUGGAAAUAUCGUGCAAAAUGCACGCACGAAUUCACAUAUUUAUUUGAAUUUCAAGAAAGCAUUUUGUUAAAGAGAAGUGAAAUUUAAUGAAUGCACUCUCCUUUUCCUCGUUGCGUAAUUGAAAGCAAUGUGCAUAAUGUUUUACUUUGUCAUCUUUAAUAAUAUAUGCAAAAUGAAAAAUAAUAUUCCGAAUGUCUCUAAGAAUGUUAAAUAAAAAGAUAGUUUCGGAAGAAUAAUAUCUCAAACACAGAAUGUAAAGUUUUGUAGGGUUUUCCUUAUUUUGCAUUAAAAAAAAAAAUAUUUUAAGUUCGAUACCUGUACUGGACUUCUCAACUUCCGCUCACAUUCUCUCGCCAGAAUGUAAAUUAAAGUGAAGAGCUUAUUUAAACGGGUGAAUCUCUUGAGUUUAUUCAGAGCGUGUUUCGCUAGCCAAGCGCACGUUUCCUUGCUAUUUCGCCUGUUACGCUGGUAAGCCUUUGGGCCUUUUCAGAUUUAGUAUCACGCCGGUGAGGUUCUUGUGAGUGAGGCGGUGAGGCCUCAUAGGCGUAACUUGCUAUCUUGCACUAUUUAUUUUAGGUUUGACAUAAACUAUAUUCUACGUUUUAGUUUUCACCGCAAGUUCACGGUGCUUUUUGUAACACACGAAGACCGUGCCUUUCUGUUUAACUGUUUUGUUUUAAUAAAAGGUUAUUUUUACCCUU